AUGUCGUUGACCGCGCCGCCGCCGCCGCUGCUGCCGCUGGUGGCGUCGGCGCUGUCCCUGCUCCUCGCGCUGCCGCUGCCGUGCGCUGGCGCAGAGUCCGCCCCGCACGGCUGCAGCUCGGCGGAGUCGCCGUGCUCCACCACAAACGUGAGCGACGCUCACCACGACCACGUGCUCGCCACGGGCAUCCACGUGGUGAGCGUGGACUUCCACCACGUGCGCGUGCCCUUCGGCAUCACCCUGUGGAUCCUGCUCGCGUCGCUCGCCAAGAUCGGCUUCCACCUGUCAUCACGCCUCUCCUCACUGGUGCCCGAGAGCUGCCUGCUGAUCGUGGUGGGGCUGCUGGCCGGGGGCAUCCUCACGCUGACGGGCGCCACCUCGAGCAGUGAGCACCAGGGCUCCUCCAUGUCCUCCGAGGUGUUCUUCCUGUACCUGCUGCCGCCCAUCGUGCUGGACGCCGGCUACUUCAUGCCGGUGCGUCCCUUCCUGGACAACCUGGGCACGAUCCUGUGGUACGCGGUGCUGGGCACGCUGUGGAACGUGUUCGGCGUGGGGCUGACGCUGCACGCGGUGUGCGCGUUGGUGCCCGCGCUGGGCCUCGCGUCGCUGGGCCUGGUGCACCUGCUGCUGUUCGCGUCGCUCAUCUCGGCCGUCGACCCGGUGGCCGUGCUGGCCGUGUUCGAGGAGAUCCACGUCAACGAGCAGCUCCACAUCCUCGUGUUCGGGGAGUCGCUGCUCAACGACGCCGUCACCGUGGUGCUAUACAACCUGUUCCGAGCCUUCUCCACGAUGAAGGUCGUCACCUCCGUGGACGUGCUGCUCGGCGCCACCAAGUUUCUGGUGGUGGGUCUGGGCGGGGUGCUCAUCGGCGUGCUGCUGGGCAUGGCGGCCGCCCUGACCACGCGCUUCAGUGACCACACUCGCGUCAUCGAGCCCCUCUUCGUCUUCCUCUACAGCUACCUCGCCUACCUCAUCGCCGAGAUGUUCCAGUUGUCCGGCAUCAUGGCGAUGGUGGCGUGCGCCAUGAGCAUGAAGCAGUACGUGGAGGCGAAUGUGUCGCAGAAGUCGCACACCACCAUCAAGUACUUCAUGAAGAUGCUGAGCAGCGUGAGCGAGACGCUCAUCUUCAUAUUCCUGGGCGUGGCCACGGUGAACGGGAGCCUCGAGUUCAACUGGGCCUUCCUCUCCCUCACGCUGGUGGCCUGCCUCGUGUGGAGGGCCCUCGGCGUGGUGGUGCUCACCUUCAUCAUCAACCGCUACCGCCUGGUGUCGUUGACGGCCAAGGACCAGUUCAUCAUCGCCUACGGCGGCCUGCGUGGCGCCAUCUGCUUCUCGCUCGUUUACCUCCUGCCCGCCGACUUCCCCAAGAAGCAGCUCCUCAUCACAGCCACCAUCAUCGUCAUCCUCUUCACCGUCUUCGUUCAGGGGAUGACGAUCCGGCCGCUCGUCGACCUCCUGGAGGUGAAGAGGAAGAGCCGGAGUCCCCCAACCGUGAGCGAGGCCAUAACCGUGCAGUUCCUGGACCACCUGCUGGUCGGUAUCGAGGACGUCUGUGGACACUGUGGCCAGCACUACUGGAAGGACAAAUUUGAGAAGUUCAACAACCGAUACCUGAGGCGCUGGCUGAUCCGCGAGCGCACGCUGCGUGAGUUCAACUUCGUGGCCAUCUACCAGAAGCUGGAGGUGAAGCAGGCGCUGGAGCUGGUGGAGAGCGGCAACCUGAGCCGUGUGCCGUCCACCGCCACGUUCAUGAAUGAAGCCAUCACGGAGCCAUCUCGCCCGCCCCUCGUGGCGCUCAAGCAGGUGGUGGACGUGCGCAAGAUCCUAAACCAGCACAUGUACAGGACCCGACAGAGGCUGGCGUCGUACAGCCGCCACACGCUGCCGCUGGACCAGGAGAAGCAGGAGAAGGAGAUCCUCAUCCGCAGGAAGCAGUUCCUGGACAUGCAGCGUCAGGAUGUGAACCACUCCCUGCUGUGCGUGCCGCCCAUGCCGGGGACGCCGCCGACGAUGCGCCACCUCCCACGCCACUUAUCAGUGAGCGAGGAUGGAGAAUCCGGCGAGUGGGGCGGCCAAACCUUGCCCAAAAUCGUCGUCGACCUGGCAUCGCCGCUCUCCGGCGACGUCAACUGGGGGGUCAUGAGCCCCCCGAGCAGCCCCGAGACUGACCCGGGGACCCUCUGCCAGAGCAGAGCGCCCGGAGGUUGCCCCGAGGUCAACGGCGGCACCCACCCCGGCCCCGUGGCCCGUUCGCAGUGGCCGAGCAAGCGGCUCCGCGGCGGGACCGAGGCACGGUCGCAGAAGGGAAACCGGACGACCAACGGCGCGGACCUGCGUAUCCCCACCACGUGCGAGGUCAACAGGGGGCCCGCCGCGCCUGCUGCGGCCACUCCGGGGAGCCGCGAGGCAAGGCCCGCACUGUUGGCCACGCUGAACGCGGCGACGGGGGUGGUGGACGUGCGCACGGUCAGGCCACCGGCCUAUGCGGGCCGCUCGGUGGAUGGCCUGGGCAGCGAAGACGAAGACGACGACGUGUUUGAGGAGCGGGCGGGGGCCGCUGGAGCCGUGGGGACCGCGUGCCGGGGACGUGAGCUCGCGGAGAGGGAGGUCAUCCCUCUGCUAACCACGAGGUCCGUGUCGGACCCGGGGCCUCCGAGCGACAGUGGGGUUUGAUUGCCGCACGCCGGUAUGUCCCUCCCCGCGUCGCCGUCCGCUCCGGCGAGACCGAGGCAGAGGAGUCGUGGAUCUCCAGCGGUCAUGACGGCGAAGCGCAGCACCAGCGCGUGGUUCCUAGACGCCGGCGACGGUGGGGAGCCAACGUCAUGGUCGGAGGAACCAGCACCCCCCUCGCUCACCCUCUCUUGCACUCGGGCAGCGCGAGCAGCCGCGUGGUUUUUGCACUCCAGAGGGUCGGGGGGCGUCGUCGCCUGCAGCAGCAGCCGCGAGAGCUUCCGGCAGUGCCAGCAGCAACCCCAUUAGCCAGGUUUGCUGCCCUGUGUUUUGAAAAAAAAUAUGCACUCAGCACUUUGAGCAAUGCCAGGUCGAUGUUUUGUGUUUUUUGUUCUUUUUAACAGAUGGGAGAUGAAGCAAGGAUAUAUCUGGCUGUCUCUCGUCUUGUCCAGCAAACACAAAAUGCAUAUUCCGCAGCUUUCCCCGCUACACGCAACGUCACACCAGUGCUGUAUUUGCAAGUUAAGACAACAACGGUACACUUCGUUUGGAAGCAGGGGUAGACAUCAGUCAGGUGUUACCGCGCCCAAACUCCCAUCAUGCUAUGCAGUAGUAUUCCAUCGUUACUUGCAAGGGAUCCACUCCGGAGAUGCUCGUGAAAAGUACAUGUUGUGGAUAAUGAUAUUGGCUCUAUGAAUAUCGUACGCGCAGCAUCUGCAGAUGCUCGUAAAACUUCAAGAAGUUCUCUUUAUCUCGCUCAUCACUUUAUCUUUCGUCACUUUCUUUAUUAUAACUUUCUCAUCACUUUCCCUCUCUCGAUGCGGUAGUCACGUACGGUUCCAGAUGCAAUUCGUGUAUAGCCAAAUUCGCGGAUGGUGAACAAGAAGAAGGGUAUUACUGGAUUAAAGAAAUCCAUCCCCCAGAAUGAAAUGCGCUCGGCUGUUAACGGCACUUUGAGCGCGCGUGGGCUCGGGCCGCGUCUGAAUGAGCGCUCGUGGCCCUGCACGUGCAACUUGCUGCGCCGGACCUCUUGCACUCGGCGGGACCUCAAGGGCAUCAUGGAGAAAUUAUGACAUCUCGCCUGGAGCGUGCGACAGUGUGGUGCACUGCUCUGUCCCUUCCUCUCUCUGUCUCUCCCUCUCGCUGUUCCAGUUGCAGCAGCCACCCUUGCGUUGUGCGACGAGGGUGAAUGGUCACGCUGGCCACAUCUGGGGGUGAUGAGAAAUAAAUCUGCGAGCAAAGAAAAAACCUCAGAGUUGUGCGAAAUAUCACGCGAUUUGUCGAAACAUACUAAAUGUUUAACGGCAGACUUUGACUUUAUAACAUUUCUCUCCAGUUUUAUAGCAGUUAAGGCACUCUUACGAUAAUGUAUUCCAGCCCAGUAUAAAAAAUGACAGUUCACUGAUGAUUAAAUUAUCUUGGUAUUGUGAAGCUAAUUCCCCAGAAUGCAACCUCUAAUGUAGAGGCGUAAUGCAACGGGCGGCUGCUGGCUCCUGUUAUCAGGGUUUUCCAAGUCCAGGCGGACGACCAAGGAACAGGAAUGUGCGGCGGUGCCCCCAUCAUCAGCGGCAUCACCGUCAUCAUCACGCCCAGGCGGUGGUGGCUGCGCUGCUGCACGUGGCAGCUGUGAUCCAGCGCUGUGGAGGCAGCAGUGAGGGGUUGGUGGAUUGCCGCACAGAUGGGGUGCGAAACUCCCUUUACCCGUUGGGCUUCGAGGAGGAGCCGAACCCUGGCUCGCAGGAGAAGUCAGUGCUGCAUAGUGGAUGAGUCUCCAUCUGUUCAUUCCAUCUGUACGGGGUGGGGGGGGGGGGGGGAUAGAGUAUUGCCCCCUCGCAUGCGUGAGUUUCUCUGGGUGCUGCGGUUUCCUCCCACUUAAUAACAAUACUUUGAAUUUAUAUAGCAGUGUCAUUCAUGCCAACAGCAUUCCACAAUGCUGUACAUGAAUUAUUUAUAAGGACCAAAUGCCAUAUACGUGCUUGGCAACGCACGGCACGAAAGAAGCCCAACACACACACACGUACACACCAAGCAUUAGAACCCCUACCACUCCUACCAAGCAAAUUAAAAAAUGGAUAAACAAAUUCCGAAAUGGCACCAAAAUAAAUAAUAACAAGAAAGUUAUCAAUAAACACAUCUUAUCAUUCAUUGGCUGAAAAAUAUUAUAAUUAAACCCAAUGCAGGACCCUCCUGAAAAAUAGUCAUUCGAUUCUGAUAACUAAAUUAAUAUUUUUAUAAUUUUAAAAUAGAAUUAACUUGUGCUCCAACUGUUAACGACUCAGCACACCACGAUAGCUGAGACUGGGAAAUCACAGUGGGGGCUCGUGCAGCCCCCCCCCCCUCCACCGUGACCCACCCAGCCGCUAGUGGUCAGGGGUCUGGGCAGCAGUGACGAGCGCGGUGCAUUAGUCGGGACAAGCGCAGUGGAAUGUGCCGACUACCACAGCAGAGGUGGCCCCCAGAUGGCACCAUGGGGGGCACAGCUCCCCGUGGCCACGUCAGGCCACGCAGGUGCCUCCAAAUACAAAAAGGUGGCUCGAUAAUGAUUUUGGGUAUCGAAACUUGGGAGGCAAGAUGCGCUCUGCACCUUGGCUUCCAGCAUCUAUAUAUGUUUUAGUUUUUUACCAUAAAUUCCCUGAGAUAUUUGCAAGUGUUUGCGUGUCAUGAGUCCAUGGAGUUAAUUUAGAGCUUAAAUAUAGGGUUAGGGGAUAUAAUCGGCACAAUAUCUUUACUGUCAUGUGUCA